GAAUUUAUAACCACAAAGGGGAUCUGUUCAGUUUUCUAAAGACAGACUAAAAGUGUAUCAAAACUCACACCACUUUGAAGUAAAAAAAAAAAAAAAUAAACAAACAAACAACACAAACAUAACAAAGCAGGAGUAAAAAAUGCAGCAAGAAUGCUUCCAAAUCCAGCCCUUUUCCUGGUGCAGCCCUGCUGCCCUGGGUUGUGUGCUCAGAGCAGGGCAGGACUCCCUGCAGGGGAGUCUGUGUGUCCUGCACAUCACCAGCUGCAGCCAGGGGCUCCCUGGAGAGAAUUCUGCCACGUAACGAGCUCCCCCCGCUGCCAGAGCUGCUUUCCUGGGGCUCCCAGCGAGCAGGAGGGGACAGAGGCUGAGCUUUCCCUCUGCAGCUCCCAGCCAGAGCCUCCAGAGCUGCCUGAGCUGCUCACAGGGCUGGGGACACCCUCCUCCUCCUCCUCCUCAGGUGAUGGACUAGCAGGGAAACGCAGCAAAAUGAAGCACAGCCUGGCCAAGGCUCUCUACGACAACAAGGCGGAGUGCUCGGACGAGCUGGCGUUCCGCAGAGGCGACAUCGUGACGGUGCUGGAGCAGCACGUGGCGGGCAGCGAGGGCUGGUGGCGGUGCUCCCUGCACGGCCACCACGGGCUGGCCCCCGCCAACCGCCUGCAGCUCCUGCCCCCCUCUGCAGCCCACGGCCCCGCCGAGCCGCCAGCCACGCUCAGCAUCUACCAGGUGCCCUCCGUGCCCAAGGCCUCGGCAGCCUCGGCCACCUACGAGAGGAUGGAGGGCUGGGUGCAGCCCCACGCCGUGUACCAGGUGCCGGCCCUGGCGGCGCAGCUGCUCAGCGAGAGGACCAAGCGCUCCACGCAGCAGCACCUGUUUACCCUCCCCAGAGCCUGCAGGGCCUCAGCCCCAAACAUCAGGGGUGAGGUGUACGACGUCCCCUCCUCGCAGCACCGCUCCCUGCUCCCACAGAGUGGUGCCACUCCCCCCAGCGCACGGAAGGGCUCCAUGCUGGGCAGAUCCACUGAGAGCUUCCAGGCAGAGCAGAAGCAGCUUUACAACAUCCCCUCCAAGCCAGAAAAAGCCGGAGCUGGCAGCCAGGACUCAGCAGCAGGCAAUUUAUAUGAUGUCCCUCCCAAGAGAGAGCUCGAUGACUCAGAAAAUAAAUCUCAGAAGAAGUGCUGGGGCCAUUACAACACCUUGCCAAACCCUCGCAAGUCCGAAUGGAUUUACGACAUCCCAGUAUCCCCCGAAAAUUCCGCGUUCAAAGCCAGCCCUCCCGGGCAGCCUGUGGAGAAGCAGGUGCUGUAUGACAUUCCCCCAGCCAGGUACAAGGCUGCAGCCACGGCCGCCGAAGCCAGGGCUGGGACUCCACAGCUGUACGACAUUCCACCGGCCCAGCGGAAAUUAACGCUUCCAGCAAUCCCCCUUUACGACGUUCCGCCCUCGCGGGACGCGCUCCUCCUGCCACAGAACAGCAGCUCUGAGCUGCCCCCGAGGCUCCUGGCUGCCAAGGCUGACAGUCAGAGCUCUGAGGAGAAUGUUUAUGAUAUUCCCAAAGGUUUGCCCAGUGCUGGGCACUCCAAGAAAGAGAUGGAAGACAACAGUGAAGGCUCUGGAGACCAAGCACGCGGUGCUUCUCCACAGCUCUCCAUGGAUGCCAAGUCAGAAAAUGACACUUUGUGUGUCUCUAGCACUCUCUCCUCAUCCUCCACCUCUUCUGCUGAGUCGUUUCCUACGCUGUCACCAUCACCAGAGCCUGUCCAAGAAAUCAAGCUGGAGCUGGAAGCAGCCAUCGAGACCCUGACUCGGCUGCAGCACGGCGUGUCCAGCUCCAUCGCCAGCUUAAUGAUCUUUGUGAGCAGCAAGUGGAGACUGCAGGAGCACCUGGAGAAAAGCCUGGAGGAGAUCCACAGAGCAGUGGACCACAUAAAGGUGUCACUGGGAGAGUUCCUGGCCUUUGCUCAAGCCCUGAAGGGAAACGCCUCCAACCUCACGGAUAACAACCUGCAGGCCCGAAUUAAAAAGCAGCUGGAAAUCCUCAUGAAUUCCUACAAAAUAUUGACAGAAACGAGGGAAGCUCUCAACAGCUGCAGCUGGUCCCUGGAGGCUUUGGUGCUCAGGAAGCCCCAGAACAACCCUGAUGACCUGGAUCGCUUCGUUAUGGUGGCCAGGACAAUUCCAGACGACAUCAAGAGGUUUGUGUCCAUCAUCAUCGCCAACGGGAAGCUGCUCUUCAGGAAGAACGAGAAGGAGCAAGAAAAGAAGCAACCAGAAGUGAGCCUGGAAUGCAAAAUGGCAAAGCAAAUCCCAGUGCCAAGAAGAGUAGAAAUUGAGUCACUCCAGAGAAAUGCUCCUCAGAAAUGCAGCCAAAGCCAGGUCCCUGUGGAGAAACCAGAGGAAAAUUGCAGCGAGGAUUGUGAUUAUGUCCAGCUACAGGCUCAGAAAGUCAUUUCAGGUAAAGAAGUAGCAAAGAAGAGUACAGAGUCAAACCCAAAGGUUUUGCCGUGUGCAAAAAAGACUGAGAACGCCAGCAGGAAAACCCCCCUCCCCGAGCACUGCAGGCUGUGCUUCGCUGCCCUGCACAAGGCCAUCGGCGUGUUCACCGCCAGCCUCAGCAGCCAGCAGCCCCCCGAAAUCUUCAUCUCCCACAGCAAGCUCAUCAUCAUGGUGGGCCAGCGGCUGGUGGAUUCCCUGUGCCAGGAGAGCCAGGAGAGGGAGGCCCGCAGCGACAUCCUGCAGGGCAGCAGCCGCUUCUGCAGCCUGCUCAAGAAGCUGGCGCUGGCCACCAAGGGCGCAGCCCUGACGUUCCCCAACGCCCAGGCCAGCCGCGAGCUGCGGGAGCACGCCGAGGAGCUGGCCAAGUACGCGCAGCAGCUCCGAGCCACGCUGGACUGAGCACUGCUGCUCCGGGGCACCGCUCGCACACACGGCUCCCUCCAGGGACUCACUGCCCACGGGAAUUCCCACCAGGAGUUCCCUGGUAGCAGGUGAAGAUCUCCUCACUAGAAUUCCCUCCAGGAACUCACUGCUGGCAGGUGAAGAGCCCCACGCUCAGAACUCCCACCAGGAAUUCACUGGUAGCAGGUGAAGAUCCUCCCAUUCAGAAUUCUCUCCAGGAAUUCCCUGGGUGCCAGUGUAGAUGAAGAUUCCCCCACUCAGAAUUCCUUCCAGGAAUUUCCUGGUAGCAGGUAAAGAUCCCCUCACUCAGAAUUCCCUCCCGGAACUCACUGCCGGCAGGUGAAGAGCUCCACACUCAGAACUCUCUCCAGGAAUUCCCUGGGUGUCAGUGCACUGGAAGAUUCCCCCACUCAGAAUUCCCUGGUAGCAGGUGAAGAUCCUCCCAUUCAGAAUUCUCUCCAGGAAUUCCCUGGGUACCAGUGUAGGUGAAGAUUCCCCCACUCAGAAUUCCCUCCAGGGACUCACUGCCGGCAGGUGAAGGGCCCCACGCUCGGGAUUCCCACCAGGAACUCACUGGUAGCAGGUGAAGAUCUCCUCACUCAGAACUCCCUCCAGGAACUCACUGGAGGCAGGUGAAGGGCCCCACACGCAGAACUCCCACCAGGAAUUCCCUGGGUGCCAGUGCAAGUGAAGAUUCCCCCACUCAGAAUUCCCACCAGGAGUUCCCUGGUAGCAGGUGAAGAGCCCCAUGCUCAGAAUUCCCUCCAGGAAUUCACUGGUAGCAGGUGAAGAUCUCCUCACUAGAAUUCCCUCCAGGGACUCACUGCCGGCAGGUGAGGAGCCCCACACUCAGAAUUCUCUCCAGGAAUUCUCUGGGUGUCAGUGGAGAGGAAGAUUCCCCCACUCAGAAUUCCUUCCAGAAAUUCCUUGGUAGCAGGUGAAGAGCCCCACACUCAGAAUUCUCUCCAGGAAUUCCCUGGGUACCAGUGCAGGUGAAGAUUCCCCCACUCAGAAUUCCCUCCAGGAACUCACUGCCGGCAGGUGAAGAGCCCCCCACGCAGAACUCCCACCAGGAAUUCCCUGGGUGCCAGUGCAAGUGAAGAUUCCCCCACUCAGAAUUCCCACCAGGAGUUCCCUGGUAGCAGGUGAAGAGCCCCAUGCUCAGAAUUCCCACCAGGAAUUCACUGGUAGCAGGUGAAGAUCUCCUCACUAGAAUUCCCUCCAGGAACUCACUGCCGGCAGGUGAAGAGCCCCACACUCUGAAUUCUCUCCAGGAAUUCCCUGGGUGCCAGUGGAGAAGAAGAUUCCCCCACUCAGAAUUCCCUCCAGGGACUCACUGCCGGCAGGUGAAGAGCCCUACACUCUGAAUUCUCUCCAGGAAUUCCCUGGGUGUACUGUUGGCGGGUGAAGAUCCCACUCACAAUUCCCAUCAGGAAUUCACUGGUGCUAGUUCAGGUGAAGAUUCCCCCCACAAAAAAUUCCCACCAGGAAUUCCCUGGUAGCAGGUGAAGACCCUCCCAUUCAGAAUUCCCACCAGGAAUUUCCUGGUGCUGGUUCAGGUGAAGAUUCCCCCACUCAGAAUUCCCUCCAGGAAUUCCCUGGCUGCACUGGUAGCCGGGGAAGAUCCCCACAGCAGCUGAUGCAGAAGAAUUAAAUCUGCACUUUCCUCUCCACCCUUCACACCCUGCCUGGAAAUGUCAUUGUCACAGCGGCUGGGUGGGAAUGUUUGCUGUGUAUCGGAGCAAAAUUUGUUGAUUAUUGGACUGAUUUCUUAUUUUUUAUUCUCUAUGUAUGUCUGAUAAAUGUAUUUUCCUUUUUAAUUGUUUUUUUUCUAUUCCUGUAAAGUCUGUCUUUAAAUGUAGCUGCACAAUGUUCUGUAACUUAUGAUAUUCCAAUAUCAAUUGUUUCCUGAGUUUACUCAAAAUUUGUAACGACAGGGUUGGUUUGGUUUUGUUAUUGUUUUUUUAAAACAGCUGCAAAGCUAAUUUUUGGUUUGAACAAAUGCAACACAGCACAAAAUCUGGUGGGUAGGAAACGCACCAGGCUGGUACUUGAGCACAGAAAAAAACUUUGGGAGAAGUCCUGACUCCUGAUAAAUCCCCAGGGAGCACAACAUCCUCUGUCACAGCCCAGAGCUCUCAGAGCACUUUUCCAGCUGGGGAAAAAAAACAUUUAUUUCAGUCCCUAAAGGUGCAGAGCUUUGGGCAGCUGCACAGGUGAUGUUAUUCCUUGAUGGAAUUCCAUUUAUUCCAGUCCCUAAAGAG